CUGUAAUGCGGUCUCUUGUGUGAAAUAAUCCGUUUUAAUUCAUUUUUUUAAAUCGUAGUGUUUGGAGUUAGACCUGAAAUGUCCGUUUUGCCUCCGCUGUGGUUGCUAUGUGGAGGCUAAGCUAAGCUAGCCUCGUACACUGCGUAUUUACACUGGCCUGUGAGGAGCUAUGUUUCAUCAGUCAGACGUUUUAAAACAUAUUUAACUAGCUGGCUGUCUAGCUAACAUGCUAACCAAGUACAUUUCCUGCUUUUCUCUGAUUAAUUUGUUGAACAGAUAAGGCAAACGCAGAGGAGCCGCCAUGGGGGACGACAGCGAGUGGAUGAAACUACCCAUUGACCAGAAAUGCGAACACAAGGUAUGGAAGGCCAGACUGAACGGGUAUGAAGAAGCGCUGAAGCUUUUCCAGAGGAUAAGCGACGAAAAGAGCCCUGAAUGGGGAAAAUAUCUGGGACUUAUCAAAAAGUUUGUCACAGAGUCCAAUGCCGUGGCUCAGCUGAAAGGCUUGGAGGCAGCACUUGUUUUUGUUGAAAAUGCACACGUAGCUGGAAAGACAACGGGAGAAGUGGUAUCGGGUGUAGUAAGCAAAGUCUUCAACCAGCCUAAAGCUCGAGCCAAAGAGCUGGGAACAGAUAUCUGCCUCAUGUAUGUAGAGAUCGAGAAAGCUGAGAUUGUUCAGGAUGAGCUCAUCAAAGGCUUGGAUAACAAGAACCCGAAGAUUGUAGUGGCCUGUAUUGAAACACUAAGGAAAGCUCUUAGUGAAUUUGGUUCCAAGAUCAUAACCCUGAAGCCAGUAGUCAAAGUGUUGCCAAAGCUGUUUGAGUCUCGAGAGAAGGCUGUGCGAGAUGAGGCCAAAUUGCUAGCAGUAGAGAUCUACAAGUGGAUUCGAGAUGCUUUGCGAACCCCUCUGCAGAACCUCAACUCAGUGCAGUUGAAGGAGCUGGAGGAGGAAUGGGUGAAGCUGCCCACAGGCAUACCAAAGCAGAGCCGCUUCUUACGCUCUCAGCAGGACCUGAAGGCCAAGUUUGAGCAGCAGCAGGCAGCCGGGAGUGAUGAGGCCGAUGGUGAUGAUGAUGAACAAACUGAUACACGUGUUGAUCCUUAUGAGCUUCUGGAAGCUGUGGAGAUUCUUUCCAAAUUGCCAAAAGACUUCUAUGACAAAAUUGAAGCAAAGAAAUGGCAGGAAAGGAAGGAAGCCUUGGAAGCAGUGGAAACUCUCACAAAAAUCCCCAAGCUGGAGAGUGGAGAUUAUGGGGACUUGGUCCGAGCACUGAAAAAGGUUGUUGGCAAAGAUGCCAACGUGAUGCUGGUGACUUUAGCAGCCAAAUGCCUUGCUGGACUGGCAACAGGACUGAGAAAGAAGUUUGGAACAUAUGCAGGCCUUGUGGUGCCAACCGUUCUUGAAAAGUUCAAGGAAAAGAAACCUCAGGUGGUCCAGGCUUUGCAAGAGGCCAUUGAUGCCGUCUUCCUAACUACGACACUACAAAACAUUAGUGAAGACGUGUUGGCUGUGAUGGAUAACAAGAACCCGUCAAUUAAACAGCAGGCCUCACUGUUCCUGGCCCGAAGCUUUCGUCACUGCACUCCCUCCACUCUGCCAAAGAGCGUUCUGAAGCCACUUUGUGCGGCCUUCCUGAAGCAAGUAAACGAUUCUGCUCCGGAAGUGAGAGAUGCUGCAUUUGAGGCACUGGGAACUGCCAUGAAAGUAGUGGGAGAAAAAGCCGUUAACCCAUUCCUGGCUGACCUGGACAAACUUAAACUGGAUAAGAUAAAAGAAUGUGCAGAUAAAGUGGAGCUUGCUGGUGGGAAGAAGGGGGGAGGAGGAGGGGAAAAGAAGGAAAAACCUGCAGCUAAAGCUCCUCCUGUAGAAGAGCCUCCCCCUAAACCUGCAGCUGGUCCUUCUAAAAAAGCUCCUGCUGCCAAAGCUGCAGGUCCUCCCAAAAAGGGCAAGCCUGCUUCAGCUCCCAGUGCCAAGGGAAAGAAAGCUGCUGACACAAAAGAAGUAGUGGAGACUGAAUUAUCUCUGGAGGUCUGUGAGGAGAAGUCAGCUGCUGUGCUCCCAGCCUCCUGCAUGCAGCUGCUGGACAGCGCUAACUGGAAAGAGAGGCUGGCUAGCAUGGAGGAAUUUCAGAGGGCUGUUGAACAGAUGGAUAAAAGUGAGAUGCCAUGCCAGGCACUAGUUAGGAUGUUGGCAAAGAAGCCUGGUUGGAAAGAGACCAAUUUUCAGGUGAUGCAGAUGAAGCUGCACAUCGUGGGGCUGAUUGCAGGAAAAGGCACUUUCUCCAAAACCUCUGCACUCGUGGUGCUGGAUGGUCUGGUGGACAAGAUUGGGGAUGUUAAAUGUGGUGGAAAUGCAAAAGAAGCUCUGACUAACAUCGGAGAAGCCUGUUCACUGCCGUGGACCGCUGAACAGGUGGUCUCUUUAGCCUUUGCGCAGAAGAACCCAAAGAACCAGGCAGAGAGUCUGAACUGGCUGGCCAACGCGAUGAAGGAGUUUGGGUUUGCAGGAAUUAACGUGAAGGCUUUCAUCAACAACGUCAAAACUGCUCUGGGUGCCACCAACCCGGCGGUGAGGACCUCAGCCAUUGCUCUGCUGGGGGUGAUGUAUUUGUACAUGGGGGCUCCUCUCCGUAUGUUCUUUGAAGAUGAAAAGCCGGCCCUGCUUUCUCAAAUAGAUGCUGAGUUCGAGAAGAUGCAAGGCCAGUCACCACCUGCUCCUACCCGAGGACAGACCAAAAAGGGAGCAGAAGAGGACGGGGAGGAUGCUGAUGAGGAGGAUGGAGUGGAUAGGGGAGCUGGUGACAUCAUGGACCUGCUGCCCAGAACUGAUAUCAGUGAUAAGAUCACUUCAGACAUGGUGGCGAAGAUCAGCGAUAAGAACUGGAAGAUUCGGAAGGAGGGUCUGGAUGAGGUGUCUGCUGUCAUAUCAGAGGCUAAGUUUAUUCAGUCCAACAUCGGAGACCUGCCCAUGGCUCUGAAGGGUCGCCUUGGUGACUCUAAUAAACUGCUGGUCCAGCAGACGCUGAACAUUUUUCAGCAGAUUGCCACAGCUAUGGGCCCGUCCCUGAAACAACAUGUGAGGAAUCUGGGCUUCCCUAUAAUCACUGUGCUGGGAGACAGCAAGCCCAACAUCAGAGCCACUGCCUUAGCAACACUGAACUCAUGGGUGGAGCAGACUGGUAUGAAGGAGUGGUUGGAAGGAGAGGACCUGUCAGAGGAGCUGAAGCGGGAGAACCCUUUCCUCAGGCAGGAGUUGCUGGGGUGGCUUUCUGAAAGACUUCCCAAUAUGCGGACUGUGCCUGCGGACCUGAUGCUCUUUAUCCCCCAUCUAUAUGCCUGCCUGGAGGAUCGCAAUGGAGACGUACGGAAGAAAGCCCAGGAUGCACUUCCAACCUUCAUGAUGCACCUGGGCUACGACAAGAUGAACAAGGCAACUAGUAAACUCAAGACAUCAUCAAAGGACCAGGUGGUAGCUAUGCUCGAGAAGGCCAGAGCAGUAAUGCCGGCCAAACCUGCUGCACCUGCCAAAGCUGCUUCAUCUAAACCUGCUCAGAGUGCUCCUGCUGCAAAACCUGCCUCAGCUCCAGCUAAAAGCCAGCCUGUUGUGGAAGACUACAGUGGGGGAGAAUCCAAACCAGACAAGAAAGUCAAAUCAGCAGGUCCUGCAGCUAAAAAGGGAGUAGUGGGGAAGAAGGCCCCAGCUAAGCCUGCUGCUAAAGAUGAAGAAGACAAAUCAGGCCCCAUCUUCAUCCUUGUGCCCAACAGCAAGGAGCAGAGGAUGAAGGAGGAGAAAGCUCUGAAGAUCCUAAAGUGGAACUUCAUCACUCCGCGGGACGAGUAUGUGGAACAGCUGAAGACUCAGAUGGCCUCUUGUCUGGCGAAGUGGCUGCAGGACGAGCUCUUCCACUUCGACUUCCAGCACCACGUCAAAGCUGUUAACGCUAUGAUUGAGCACAUGGAGGCUGAGGCAGAGGCUGUGCUUGGCUGUCUAGACUUAAUUCUGAAGUGGUUCACACUUCGGUUCUUUGAUACGAACACCAGUAUUCUGAUUAAGGCCAUGGAGUUCCUCAAACUCCUCUUCACCAUGCUGAGCAGAGAGAACUACCACCUCAGCGAAUACGAGGCUUCCUCUUUCAUCCCCUACCUGAUCCUCAAGGUUGGAGAAUCAAAAGAUGUGGUUCGUAAAGAUGUCCGGGCCAUCCUGACCAUGCUGUGUAAUGUCUAUUCUGCCAACAAAAUGUUUCCAUUUCUCAUGGAGGGGACGAAGUCCAAGAAUUCAAAGCAGAGAUGUGAAUGUCUUGAAGAACUUGGGUGCCUGAUUGAGAACUAUGGAAUGAACGUGUGUCAGCCGACUCCAGCUAAAGCUCUUAAAGACAUUGCCGUUCACAUUGGUGAUCGUGACACAACGGUGCGAAAUGCUGCUCUCAACACGGUGGUGGCAGCGUACAAUGUCUGCGGAGACCAGGUCUUCAAACUCAUCGGCAACCUAUCAGAGAAAGACAUGAGCAUGUUAGAAGAGCGAAUCAAACGCUCAGCUAAAAAGACGCCUGCUGUCUCAACCAAACAAGAAAAAGCUCAGAGAGAGCAUCCGACCAAUCCCAACGCAACGUUCCUCCGGAAGCCUGCUCAGGAGGAUGUGCCCAACAAACUCAAAAUAAUGUAUCGCACGUAUAGGAUUCAAGCACGGUCGCAGAACGCUCACUCCGAGCACACAGCCCCCUCUAUUCCCAGGGAGUUUCAGCUGGACCUGGACAUGAUCGAGAACGACCACACACGGGUCAGCGAGUUCCCUGAUCUCGUGCAGCACAAACUGGACGAGCUGCUUGAGCCUGUCUCCAUCCCUGAACCCAAGAUUCGCUCAGUGUCCCCUCAUUUCGACGACCUCCACAACAGCACAGCCUCCACAAUCAACUUUGUCAUCUCACAGGUGGCCAGUGGUGACAUCAACGCCAGUAUUCAGGCUUUAGCACAGAUUGAUGAGGUGCUUCGACAGGAGGACAAAGCAGAGGCCAUGUCGGGCCACAUUGACCAGUUCCUCAUCGCCACCUUCAUGCAGCUCAGACUCAUCUACAACACACACAUGGCUGAUGACCGGCUGGACAAGAAGGACAUCUUCAAACUUUACAGCUGCAUCAUCGGCAACAUGCUCUCAUUGUUCUCUAUGGAGAGCCUGGCGCGGGAAGCCUCCAUGGGCGUGCUGAAGGACCUGAUGCACGGUCUGAUCACACUGAUGCUGGACUCACGAGUGGAGGACAUUGAAGACGGCCAGCAGCUCAUCCGUUCCGUUAACCUGUUAGUGGUGCGCGUGCUGGAGAAGUCUGAUCAGACAAACAUCCUCAGUGCUCUGCUGGUGCUGCUGCAGGACAGCCUCAUUACUACUGCAGGAUCGCCCAUGUUUUCUGAACUGGUCAUGAAGUGUCUGUGGCGAAUGAUCCGUUUCCUGCCCGAAACCAUCAACAGUAUUAACCUAGACCGCAUCCUCCUGGACGUCCAUAAUUUCAUGAAGGUUUUCCCUAAAGAGAAACUGAAGCAGCUGAAGAGUGAUGUACCCCACCGCACACUGAAGACCCUGCUGCACACGCUCUGCAAGCUCACUGGAGCCAAGAUCCUGGAUCACUUGUCUAUGAUCGAGAACCGUAAUGAGUCUGAGCUUGAGGCCCACCUGAGGAGAGUUGUCAAGCAUUCUGGAAACCUGUCAGGCCUGAAGUCUGACCUAAACACAGAGAAAGGAGCCUUACGAUCAGAUGAUAAACUGAUUAAAGCAAAAGUGAGCGAUAUCCUUUCAGAGAUCUUCAAAAAGAUUGGCUCAAAGGAAAACACUAAAGAGGGGUUGACGGAGCUGUACGAGUAUAAGCAGAAGUAUUCGGACGCAGACCUGGAGCCGUUCCUGAGAAACACCUCUCAGUUUUUCCAAAGUUAUGUAGAGCGUGGUCUGCGUAUGAUCGAAUCAGAGCGAGAGGGGAAGAGCCGCAUCCAGACUUCUGCAGUGAUUCCCCAGCACAGCACAGAGUCGUACACCCCCAGCCACAGCUCCAUGCAGGUUAACAGUAACGGAGAGGAUUUGAAACCUGCUGUUUACUACGAGAGACUGAAGAUUCUCAGGCAGCGGCAUGGACUGGAGAACUCUAAGCAGCAGCAGCAACAGCAGCAGCUGCAGGAAGACGAGCGUCCUCCGUUCUCCUCUCUGUCCAAGCCGCCGCUGGCCUCCUCCACAGAUAUGCUCCACAGCAAGCUGUCUCAGCUGAAGGAGUCGCGAGAGUCUCACUUCCAGCAGGACCCGCGCUCUCACAGCCCCGGCCGCGCCUCCUCGCCCGCCGCCAACCUCGACGACCUCAAGAAGAGGCUGGAGCGCAUCAAGAGCAACCGCCAGUAGAAAAGCACUGCAGAACCUCUCAUCCAUCAGAUCCCACCCACCCUGACCCACGUCUAGAGAGCUACAGCUAGCUAGACCGCUAACUCCGCUACGUCACGCUAGUCUUUCUCCCCCUCUGCUCUCAGCCCGGAUGUUUUUUCAGGUCAAACGUAUGUAUAGAUUAAGAUAAUACUAAUAGGAGAAGAAGAAAAAAAAGAAACCACAAGUUUGUUCCACUGUAUAAAUUAUGAAGUGAACUACAUUUCCGUUUGUUUAGUAUUGUGCACAAAUGUUUGGGGGUUUGUUUUGUUUUAUUUUCCUGUAUAUACUCACGGUUGCUAACCACUCCAGGCUUUUAUGUGUCAUGUUUAGGAUUUGCAGUGGACGGUUUCCUUGUGCAGAGUGCUGUAAUAUGUGUAACUGGAGCUGUCUCAACAUUUUUGUGUUUGUUUGUUUAUUUGUUUUUGUUUUCUUUUGUUUUUCAUUUGGUUUUGUUUGUUUGCUUUUUAUUUAAUAGACGUUUUAGAAAAAAAUUCAAAUGUCUUUCUCCGGGGUUUCACAGCCCAUCCACUGUUUUGCCAUUUUUCACUUUUUUCCAUUUCAGAAGCGCUUGUAAAACUUGAAGGAUUGUUUUUAUUCUUUAAUAAAUUAAGGAGCAUGGCAUGAAGUACUUAAUGUUAUUUUGUAAAUAGUUUGCAUUACUAAACCCUUGUUUAUUAAUGCCAUUCUUUUGUUUAAUAAUAUUCCAACAUCUUGCACUUGUUGGCAGAAUGUUGGCGAUUCUGAUGCAUCGUUUUGUAUUCCAUUCAAGUAGUGUUGAACUGUUGCUAUUGAGUUUAAGUGUAUAAUCUAUAGUGAAAAUGGCAAUAAAGAUUUUUUUAAUAUAAUUUAACAAACUAGAAAAA